AUGCAGACUUGGAUAUGGUUUGUGGUAUUUGCUUUUCGAUGGUGGAAUGCGUUAUGGGUAAAGACGUUUUUCCAACCUGACGAGUUUUACCAGUCUUUGGAGGUUGCUCAUCAUUUAGUAUUUGGAUAUGGAUUUCUUACUUGGGAAUGGAGAAACUCUAUCCGUUCUGGUCUGCAUCCUCUUAUUUUUGCUACCUUGUAUCGCUUAUUGAAAGUACUAGGAUGGGAUUCUAAUUACACAAUUAUGCUGUGUGCUCCUCGUAUCCUACAAGGAACCUUUGCUGCUAUCCUAGAUUAUGGUACUUAUCAGUUUGCCCUACAUCGCUACGGCAGAAGAGCUGCCCGAUGGACCCUUGCUUGUUCUCUAUUCUCCUAUUUUAAUGCCUAUGUUGGUGUUCGAACUUUUGCAAAUUCGUUGGAAACAACACUGACAGCUCUUGCUCUUUGGCAAUGGCAAAAAUAUUUGAAGCUCGUGUCUCAAAGUCAAACCAAGACCAUCCAUAAUCCUAACCUCAAAUUUCGAGCUUUAAUAUGGUUCAUAAUCUUUAUUGGAAUUGCUUUUCUUAUUCGCCCUACUAAUCUACUUGUUUGGGUCGUUCCCACUUUGUUAUGGACAACUUCGCCUAAAGUAUCUUUUCUUCGCCCUAGCUUGAUAUUUGCAAGGGUGCGUCAGUUAGUUUUGGAAGUGCUAAAUCACCUUCCAGAGAUUACUGCAGUUACAAGCGCGAUAUUCAUUUUUAAUGUCUUGGUAGACCGAUAUGUAUACGGUCGUUUCGUAUUCCCUAUCGUUUCUUUCUUUAACUUUAAUGUCACAUCAGGUCUUUCUUCUCUUUAUGGGGUAAAUUCCUCACAUUAUUAUCUUUCACAAGCUAUACCAAUUAUCUGCGGGGGAUAUAUUGUUUUCCUCUUGUUGUCGUUCGACCUACAGGCUAUUUUCGCCGUCGGAUUUAUUUUACUUCCAUACUCCUUUAUUGCCCAUAAAGAAUUUCGGUUUGUCUAUCCAUUAUCUCCUAUAAUUCUUUCAGCUAUUGGAAAUGGUUUGGCUUCAGUGUCUUCAAAAUGGAUACGCCGUGCUUUUGUUAUAAUUAGCACUGUACAUAUCGGUGUUGCAAUUGUCCUUUGCCGUUAUCAUCAAUUGGGGGCUGCAGAAGUGAUGCCGUUGAUUCAUUCUCUUGCUGCCCAAAACAAAACUGGUAUUAUUCUUGCACCUUGCCAUACGACACCUUGGCAAUCCCAAAUUCACGUUCCGAUUGCAGAUCAUACGUGGCGGUUCCUUACCUGCGAACCUUUUGAGCAUCCAUUUGAUGAGACCAAUAGGUUUUACUUGGAUAUGCCAGCUUAUCUUGACCAACUAGAUGCAUAUCCGGACUACUUGGUUUUUUUCGAAGAACGCUUACCAUCGCUUGAAAAAUAUUUUCAUUCCAAAGGACUUUUAUAUAAUGAGUUUGCAAGGUACUUUAACUCUUGGAUUCCAGAAAGUGAAGAGCGACGAGGUAAUUUACUCGUUUAUGAGAAGCAAUACGAAUCUUUCAACGAGGGCAAGUCUCGUAUAUGA